UCUCCAUGAUCCAAGCAGCAUCAACAGCACAUGCCAUGUAAUUGCUCAAUGUCGCUCUUCUUACAUUCUGCUCGUCCUCUUCGCGCUUCUUUCUUGGCGCGUCCUCCUGUGAACACCUCUCCAAAGACAUGGCUUUCCAAGUUUGUGUCACCUUUCGGGACAUCUUCAAUUCUUGCAUAUGAACGCCUCCAUUCUUCUCUACAAACGCAGAGACUGCUCAAUCAAAAUAAGAUAGAACGAUGGAGGCCGCAGUGUGUAGCCCUGGGCUCUCUGUGUAUCAGACGAGCAUAUGCGGCGAACCACGACAAUAAUUCAGAUACUCAAAAGCCCCAUCCACCACCAUCACCACCAUCCAAAACCCCUAUCACAAAAAAACUUGCCGCCCUCACCUCCCACGAACAGAUAUACAACGUCCCCAACAUCCUCACCUUCACCCGUCUCCUUGCCGCGCCCGCUUGCGGCUACCUAAUCCUCACCUCUCAACCCCUGCCCGCUCUCUGUCUCUUCCUCUACGCCGGCAUCACCGACCUCCUCGACGGCUACAUCGCACGCAAGUACUCCCUCUCCACAGUCGUCGGCUCCGUCAUCGACCCCAUGGCCGACAAACUGCUCAUGACCAUCGUCGUCACAACCCUGGCCAUGAACGGCGGCAUGCCAGCCGCGCUGGCAGUAUGCAUACUGGGCCGAGACGUGAGUCUGGCCGUAGCCGCGCUCUAUUAUCGCGGCGCGAGUCUGCCCGCCCCCAAGACGAUCGCGAGGUAUUGGGAUUUCAGUCUGCCGUCGGCGCAGGUCCAUCCUACGACGCUGUCAAAGUAUAACACUUUUCUUCAGCUGCUGCUGAUUGGCUGGCAUAUGGUCCUCCCGCUUAUGCCUGCGCCGCCGGCGCUUCUUGCGCCGCUGCUGGGCUCGCUUGCGGGUGUGUUGCAGGGUGUGGGGAUGGCUGGAGGGGGAGCGGGGAGCUGGGAUGCGUUUACGAGGGUGUUUCAGGUUGGGGUUGCGGGGACGACGCUGUGGAGUGGGAUGAGUUAUGCGUUUUUGAAGGAUGCGGUGACGAUCUUGGGGACGGAUGAGAGGUUGAAGGAGAGGCAGGGGAGGAGGGGCAGGGCGAUUAUUGGGGUCACCUACGCAGGCUUUAUUGCUGUUGCCGGGUGGUUGGUCUUGAACGCGGAGGGGAAUGGUGAAAGGGAGGAGGAUCAUAAGGAGGGAGCGGGAGAGAUAUAAGAAAUAAAGUAUGCGUGCAGGGAGAGAACCACGUCUUGUUGGCUCCAUUAUCUAAGUAUAGUACAGGUAUAUUCAAGUCUCCUGUCGUACUGGAAGUUAUAUAGCUUCGUCGUCUGUAUCGGGCCCAAUCACCAAUUCUCCGUAGUCUUCAUCGUCACUGUCGCUGCUCUCAGCAGUGGUGGAUACCACGGGCACAGCCGUGACACUAGAGACAGGGGCAACUACCGUGACCGGCUGGGACGGUAGAGUCUCGUUCUCGGUAACUGGUGCUUCAUCAACAGGAACGGGAGGAGCCUCGACACGCGUUCGCUUGACCACAAACGACUGCUCAAGAGGUGUUGCCGCUGGCCG